AUGAUGUUAACUGGUAAUAUAUGUUUAAGUGCAUUGAUGUGUGGAUGUUGUAUGUUGGCUAUGUGUUUAACAACGUUUAAAAAUGAUCUUAAUCAAAUUCAAUUUCAAGAUUCCUUAUGUAUUUUUCGAGCAUAUAUUACUUAUGUAUCAGGUGCUCUAUUUAUUAAUUCAUUUUUAUUAACAGCUAUUCGUCAAUAUUUUACAGUUAUUUAUCGAAAUCGUUUAUAUUUCCAAUCAAUUCGAUUUCAAUUUUUAUUAAUUUGUUUAACAUGGAUACUUGCCCUAGAGAAAGUACUGAGUUCAGGGUACCCAUUUCGAUAUGUUCAUGACAUAAGUAAUCGUGUUAUACCUGUAAAUACAUUAUCCCGUGCAAAAAAAGAAUUAAAAAUGGUUCAAAAUAUAGUUAUACUAGUAUUUAUAUUACUUAUACUUGGUGUCCCAUAUGUAUUGUUUAUUUUAAUGUCAUUUUUCACAAAACCACCAAAAUAUCAUUUUCGAAUAGCUUAUCUAUUUAUUGAGGUAUCAUUAGUAUUUGUAUUAUUGGCUUUAUUUCAAUUUACUGAGCCAGUUAAAGCAUGGAUGAUGAGAAAAAUAAAUAGACGAUUAAAUAUGGUAGCAGCAAUUAUAUGA